AUUGAUUGGGGAACAAGUUGGGUGGAGUCGGAGGAGAUGGGAGAAGGAUGCAGAUUGCUCAUGGAUUUGGGGCGUCCAUGGCUGAACCGUGGUUGGCUGCUCAUGAAGAUUUAUCUAGCUCCUAACCCAAAUAUGCCUCGCAAUAUCGACCCUUAUACUUCACGCCGCAGAGCAUGGCAAGCCCAUCGAGAAGCUCUUCUACAGCCUGCAGAAUUUACAGAGCCAAGAUAAUGGAAAUGCCGCUGUUUUGGAGAUGCUGACAGUCUUGCCUGAAAUCAUUGAAGAUCAAAAUGGUGAUUUCCGUGUAACCUCUGCUCGACGUAAAGAGUAUGGACAAGAGCUUCUUGCACAAACUCCUACGGUGCUGGAGUUUCUAAUGCAGCAGAUUGGUGAGGGUGUUGGGAACAACGUCCAACAUCAUGACAGGAACAGAAAGAUAUUACGUUGUUUGCUGAGCUGGACUUUGGAUAUUCUCCUGCAAAUUCUUGUUGUCUUCCCAAAGGUAGAACCCCUGCGAAGUAAGGUUACCUCUUUCAUUCAUCGUAUGGUGGACACUCUAGGACCUUCAAUAUUUCCUUAUCUUCCGAAUGCACUGGGCCAGUUGCUAAUAGAAAGUGAGCAACAUCUUCAGCUAAAUGGGCUGAGUGCAUGUUUGAUCAUCAGGCUUGUAUGGUUUAGAUACACUUCUAUUGUAUGGAAACUAUACUUUCGACCAAGUAUAUGGUCAUAUGUUUUCCUCAGCCUCAUUAAGUACUUAUUGAGAGGGAUGAGAGGCGUGGCGCUUUGCUUGAUUCUGUUGUUUGAAUCGCUGCUUGGCUUCUUGGGCUUGCUGUGCUCGACGGUGGUGCCCACCGCGGGCGGAUUGAGCAGCAGGGACUGGAUUAGCUGGGCAUUCGUGUUUCAGGCCGUCGUAUACACGGGGUUUAUGACGAUUAUGUUGCUCUACAGUGUGGCGGCUACUGCUGUGCUGUUUAUGUAUUGCAAGGCUUUGCAGGGGGAGCUUGCCUUUGAGAUUGCGGAGGAGCUCGCGCAGGAGUAUAUCCGGCUGCCUUUCGAUGAUGGGAAGCUUUCCCACGUUGUCUACGUCGUGUAG